GCUCUUGAACGCCUCCCUCACGGGACGCUUUCAUAAUGUCGCAGUUGCAGUCUUGACUUGGCUCCAAGCGUUAGAGGAUGAAGAUCGCUGUGGUGGGAGCCACUGGGCAGACUGGACAGUAUCUGGUCAACCAGGCCCUGCAGCAGGGCCACGUGGUCACCGCCCUCGUCAGGAACCCGGGGAAGCUCACCGUGACUCAUGAGAAUCUCAAGGUGGUGACGGCUGAUAUUUUCUCGGCAGACAGUCUGGAGACUCAUUUCAAAGACCAGGAUGUCGUCAUGUCCUGCCUCGGCUUCCCAGCCUCCUUCUUCACCGGGGUGACGGGCUACACUCGGUCCAUGACUGCUAUGGUCAGUGCGAUGCAAGAGGCCCGGGUGAACAGGAUCAUCACCAUGACCUCCUGGUACACAGAGCCAAACUCUGGAACUCAGUCAUCGUACCUGAUCAGAUUCCUCCUGCUGCCACUAAUCCGAAGUGUCCUCAGCAACAUGUAUGAGAUGGAGCAGCUUCUGCAGAAGACGGAGGACAUCAACUGGACUGUGGUGCGUCCACCUGGCCUCAAGAACCUUCCGGCCACAGCUCAAGAGUUUCUAACCCAUGAGGGAUACUUUGUGCCUGACAACAAUGGUCAACCUCCAGGCAGCGCAGUAGGAAGAGGAGACGUGGCUCGCUUCAUGCUCUCUCUGCUCAACAGCAACGCCUGGGCCAAGAAGGGAGUCGCCAUCACUACUAAAUAACAAAGAAGAAGCCAGGCUCGGUGCACCAACAUAUUGGCUGUAUCCAUGCAGGGAGACAUUUUUCGGGGAUAUUAAUCUUGCAAUAUUUACAGUGAAGCAUUCAGUGUCUGGUGCAUCAAAUAAUUAAAGUUGCAGUCCUCAGUUGUUUAAUGCAGUUGAAUCUAUUGUUUUGUAUUUGCGUUUUACAGAUUUAGUGCUUUUAUUCAGUCAUAUAAAGCAACGAUCUAUAGGCACAACUGGGAGUAUGUUUAUAGCUUAUGUGGGUAAAGUAUCGUGAUUGAUUUCUCCUAUAAUCAAACAGCACUGUGUUUACAGCUUGGCUUAAACUUAGCUUUAAUAAAAUAGCAAGUCCCCCUGAAAUCUAGUAAGAACAACCCAUCUGAAAGUGUUUUUUUAAGCCUCCAAGCAUGGCAAUGUAUCCAUUGUAAACACAGCCAGAGCUAUCUUCAUGGUGAGAUUCUGCUGAAGCUGGAAUAACUGGUCUAACUGGGGUGAAGUGCCUAUUAGGAAAAAAGAGUUGCUAGUAGAAAUAACUGUCUAACUGAUCAAUGUUAUUUUAUUUACUCUUUUUUAAAAAAAAACACACACACAUAUAUAUAUAUGUGUGUGUGUGUGUGUGUGUGUGUGUGUGUUUGAAAAACAGUGACUAACUGUGAGUGCCUUCCCAUGCAUAUUGCACUGUCAGACACAUGAUGGCAGUGCUGUGCCACAUCUAGUAGUUUUAAGUAAAGCAAAGUUACUUGACUCUUACAGGUCGUGUCCAUAAAAAUAAAAUGUAAUGACAGGUUAUCACCAAGUGCUCUGCAUAUGUUAAAAAAAAUAAAGAAAAAAAAGUACUGUA